AUGAGACCCCCGAUUACGGUGGACGACGAAAAGUGCGGCCUGCUGUGCUGGAAACCGCGGUCGAUUCAACGGCUGGCCGACAUCCGGUUGUUCACGUUCAUAAUGUGUCUGGUGAUCGCUGUGCAGGGCACGUACCUCGGUUACGCGGUCGGCGUGCUGACGAACAUCGAGAAACGCUUCGAGAUCUCCAGCUCAAUGUCUGGCACGCUGCUGUCCAUGUACGACAUCGGCCACACGACCACGGUGCUGUUUGUCGGUCACUUCCUGGCACAGCGCCACAAGCCACGCUGCACCGGCGUCGGGGUGCUGCUCAGCGGCCUGGCCAUGUUCAUGCUGGCACUGCCAAAUUUCCUCUUUGGUCCAACUUCGUUCGACCGUCAGUUCAUCGACGGUCAGGAAGAGUAUAUCAACAGUUCGACGUGCAACCCGGACCGAACCCUCGCCGAGCAAGAGGACAGCCUCCACGACCAGGGAUGCAAGCGGUUCAUGCAUAACGGCGCGUACGUCAUUCUGGCCUUGUCACAGCUGCUGGCUGGCAUCGCUGCUGCCCCGUUCAACACCCUUGCUUACAUCUACGUCGAUGACAACGUCAACACUCGUCAAUCGCCAUUCUACUUAGGCCUUCUGACUAGCAUGUACGCUUUCGGACCAGCGUUCGGCUUCGCUCUUAGCGCUGGAUGCACCAGUUUUUACGUUGACCUCACGGAACCGCUGGAUCUGGAUCAAAACAGUCCCAGCUGGAUCGGCGCAUGGUGGCUCGGAUUCGUCAUAAUCGGUACACUGUACUUCGUUUUCGGUGUAACACUUUUUUUCUUUCCUUACCGUAUACCGAAGCAGAAGCGAGCCAUCGAUGCGAUGGAGAUGACCGCGCUGGACAGACAGUACCAUCAAGACAGUGUGAGCGCUGACGAAACGGCAGAGAACGUCAGCAUCCCGGACAGUGCCUGCAAAUCGGUUCUAGACAUGGCCAAAGAACUACCCAUUGAUCUGCUGCGUCUGCUGAAGAAUCCGGUGUACACGAGCAUGGUGUUGGGUUGGAUUUUCGGUUCGUACCUCGUCGGCGGCUACGGUACCUAUCUGCCGAAGUACAUCGAAACGCAGUACAGUCAGACGGCAUCGAUGGCAAACGUUUACGCAGGCCUGAUAACGAUCGGCUCGGUGGCGGUUAGCACCGCGCUUGGUGGUUAUUUGCUGACCAGAUUUAACAUACAGUCUCGUUUGGCCAUCCUGCUGCUGAUCAUCUGUUGGAUCUUCAUCAUGAUCACAUACCUGCUGGGCAUGAUGUCCGGCUGCGAUCAGCCAAGUCUGCACGGCACGCACAUAGAGUUGGGAAAUUGUCGUUUGGCACGUUUCACCGACCGACAUCUGUUUAGAUGGAAUUUCACGACCGAGUGCAGUGCAGAGUGCAAAUGUGGGGGCGUGAAACAGUUCGAUCCAGUGUGCGAUGGUAACUGGACUUAUUUCUCGCCUUGUUUUGCUGGCUGUUCGUAUGAUAAAGCGAGCAAGAACGUAAACCUUGUUUUUACGAGCAUAAGUGAAUGUUGUCCAAUAUUUGAUGUUAAUUUUGUUGUUGUUGCUAACAGACGUUGAUA